AUGGAAGUCCUCUUGCAGGGCUUGAACGAAGCGCAGAAAGAUGCAGUCACCAGUCCGGCGGGUGUGCUCCAAGUGCUGGCGCCACCUGGGUCUGGUAAGACGAAGACACUCACAGCACGCGUCGCGUACCAUGUCAUCCACGAACGUCUUCAACCAUGGAACAUUAUCAUCUGCACCUUCACCAUAAAGGCUGCGCGCGAGAUGAAAGAGAGGAUUAAAGGAUUUGUUGGUGAGAAAUUGGAAGCCAAGCUCAUCCUAGGCACCUUUCAUUCAGUCGCACGCCGCUUCCUCUCCCGCUACGGUCAAGAGAUUGGUAUUGACAAGAACUUUGGCAUUGCCGGCACGGACGAUAGCAAAGCGAUAAUCAAGCGUAUCGUCAACCGUUAUCAGUAUAUGGUCGAGCCCGGUUAUGCUCGAUCCAGGAUCUCGAGCUUGAAAGCCAAAGGCAUCACCGCCGCAGACUUUGCCGCAACUAAGAAGAAGGCUGAGGACAGCGAAUUUUCCCAGAUCUACUCCUCGUAUCAGGAACAUCUUAAAGCAGCAAACUUGCUAGACUACGACGAUCUUCUCAUUCGCUGCGUCGACCUGCUACGACAGCAUCCUUCAUGCGUGUCCACCAUCCAGGCGGUGCUCAUCGAUGAGUAUCAGGACACAAACAACAUCCAGUACGAGCUCAUGAAGCUCAUGGCACAGAGGACGCAGCGUAUCACUAUCGUAGGCGACCCUGAUCAAAGCAUCUACAGCUUCCGUGCCGCCGAGAUCAAGAACUUGCUUCGAAUGCGCAUGGAGUUCCCUGAGGCCAUUGUCAUCAACCUCGAAAAGAACUAUCGCUCGGCUGGCUCCAUUCUUAGUGCUGCGCUCGCAGUCAUCGAACAAGACGAUAGUCGGCCGGAGAAAGCCUUGCUUGCCACGCACUGUAUCGGCGAACAGCCAACGCUUCGACACCUAGCCACAGCAAAUGUCGAGGCACAAUGGAUCGUAGACGAGAUCAAGCGCACUCAGACACUCAGUGCCGGGCUCUUGACCUACAACGAUUACUCAGUUCUGCUCCGCUCAGCAGCUCUCUCACUGUCUCUCGAGCGUGAACUCGGACGUGCCGGAAUCCCCUAUAGAAUGGUAGGAGGAAAGCGAUUCUUUGACAGAGCCGAGAUCAAGAUCAUCCUAAGCUAUCUCCGAGUCAUCAACAACCCUGACAACAACGACGCGAUCGUCAACGUGAUCAAUACGCCGUCUCGAAAGAUCGGUGAGAAGACUAUUAAGGCCUUGCUCGAAGAAGCAGAAGUGCGCAAGGUGCCCUUGUGGACAUUGAUUCGAGACGUUGCGCAGGGCAGGAGAAACCCCGUCACCAAGCUAUCAGCAUCGGCGACGCAGGGCAUCACUCUGUUCUUUAGAGUCAUCUACACUGCGCGAGAGAAGCUUGAGCCAGCUCAAGGAGAGCCUUGGAACCUGUUAGACCUCAUCACACACGUCUUUAACCAAACAGCUUUUGAGGCGUACCUCAAGCAAACCCACAAAGAGAACUGGAAAGAUCGAUUGGCCAAUGUCGACGAACUCAUAGCUCAAGCAACGCAAAUGUCGACCGCAAUAACAGAUUGCGAGAUGGGAUUUAACGACGCUUUGCCUGAGGUAGACGGCAUAGUGCAGCGUCCCGAUUCUCCAGCAGACAUCCUGUCCAAGUUUCUGGUCAAUGUUGCGCUGGCGACCGAAGUCGAGAGAGAGGACGGUGAGGAGGCGUGCCAGGUCACGAUAUCCACGAUACACGCAGCCAAGGGUCUCGAGUGGCCUGUGGUCUUCAUCCCUGCCGUCUACGAAGGAUCCCUACCGCAUUCAAGAGCCGAAGAUCAUGACGAGGAACGACGACUGCUGUACGUGGGUAUGACGCAUCUCGCUUUCAAGAGGACCACCAUACCCGAUAUUGCGCGCAUUCUUGCCAGGCCAUGUCCAGGGUUCGCUCAGCUCUCCACUGCCCGCGCAUCGGUCGAGCGUCCAGAAGAUGACAAAUACCCCGCAACACGAGAUGAGAUCGACGGCAUGCCGGCGUCCUACAGCACAGGGUGCACUGGUUCGAAUCACGAUAAGCAAGGUAUGGAUGCAAAGCGAAGGAGAGUUGAUGACAUCAACACGCUACACAGAAUUAACGUCCCUGGUGUCAACAUUGACGCUGGAGAGAACGAUCACGCGGCACGGAUGACUACUAAGUCUACAGGUGGCUUCUUCAGCGCAAGAGACAUUCAGAACCUUGACCAAGCGACACGACAGGCGAUGUUCCAAGACGACGACGACGAAGCCAAUCGAAAGUCAACCUACAACGAAGUCAGGAGACUUAGUGAGAAUCCUACCCGAGACCGGAAGCCUAAGUCUCGAGCAGCAGGCCAAGAAGCAAUUACGAGCUUCUUCAAAGGUGCUGGCAGGACGCUUUCGGAAACAUCUGAGCCGACUCCACAGGUAGGAUAUCGUUCACUCAAGCGGUCACAGUCUUCCCUCUCUGGUCUCGCAGCUCCGAAUGACAUGUCUAACGCUGGGCGACCUCAUCCACAAUCUCGACCAUUUCAACCUCUGUCUGUUCCCAACAGACCGAUUUAUAAUCGCCCCAUGGCAAGCAAACCGAGACGAGCCGCUGACGACUCUGACGUUGAGAACACGCGGCACGUGCUGCUACUGAGCUCACCGUCAGAGGCUGACGAGGAGAGGGUUAUCACAUUGUCAGACAGCGACGAUGAUGAUGUGCAAGAAGUCACUCACCCUUCGAAAGCACCAUUGUCAUCGACAAGUGGGUUUAGACCUGCGGUUACUUUGCACACGACGUCGAUAAGCGUGGUGCAGAAUCAACAAGCUCGGCGUAGAACAUUGGGUGCAAGGAGGACCAUGCAGCCCUGGAGCGUGAAACACACAAGCAUGCCCAAACCACGGCAGCAAUGAUCGAUGAAGGCACGAAGGGGAAAGAGGGUCCGUUUGUCAUUGCGUUGGUUGGCGUUCAUGGUGCAUGGUCACAGCGAGCAUAGUUCUCAAGCAUUGUAUAUACGACCAAGAUGCCGGUGUGUAGACCUUGGCACAUAGCAUGGAUAAUAGGAGGAAAAUUUUGUACAGCUA